AACAGCAAAAUGCUCAAGUUCUUGGUAUUCCUCAGCAUUUGCGCCGCUUUGGUCUCGGCUGAUUUGGUGCGCGUGCCCAUCUACAAAAAUCCCAACUAUCGUAGGACACGCGCAUCCAUGAAAUCCGAAAUCGCCUUGUUGCGUUCCAAAUACAAUGUUCCCAGUGCACGCAGUACCUCCGAAACGUUGGACAAUGAACUGAAUAUGUCUUACUAUGGCAGGAUUACCAUUGGCACACCAGCACAGGACUUCUUGGUGCUCUUCGAUACAGGCUCCUCAAACUUGUGGGUGCCCUCAUCCAGCUGCGCCUCAAGCAACGAAGCUUGUCAAGAUCACAAUCAAUACGACUCCAGCGCUUCCAGCACUUAUGUUGCUAAUGGCGAGAGCUUCUCCAUCCAAUAUGGCUCCGGUAGUUUGACUGGUUACCUAUCACAAGAUACAGUUUCAGUAGCCGGUCUCAGCAUUUCAAAUCAAGUAUUCGCUGAAGCUGUAGACGAACCUGGCACCACUUUCGUCAACUCGAACUUCGAUGGUAUUUUGGGUAUGGCUUUCCAAUCUAUCGCUGUUGACAAUGUAGUGCCGCCUUUCUACAACAUUUGGUCUCAAGGAUUGGUUGACAACGACGUAUUCUCCUUUUAUUUGGCCCGCGCUGGUACCUCCAAUCAAGGUGGUGAACUGAUUUUAGGUGGUUCCGAUCCCAACUACUACCAGGGUGGGCUGACUUACGUAUCCGUCUCUCAGCAAGGCUAUUGGCAAUUCAGUUUAGAUGGCGCCACCAUGGGCGGACAAGUGAUGUGCAGCAGUGGUUGCCAAGCCAUCGCCGAUACAGGCACCUCCCUCAUCGUUGCUCCACACAAUGCCUACAGUGUCUACAUGAACAUUGUUGAUCCCGAUUUGGAUGGUGUGGUCGAUUGCUCACUCAUUGACUCUCUGCCUGAUAUGGAAUUCGUUAUUGGCGGCAACACUUUCUUAGUACCAGCUUCGCAAUAUAUUCUCAACGACUUUGGUCAAUGCUCACCUGCUGUCAGCUACAUGGGCACUGACUUUUGGAUCUUGGGUGAUAUUUUCAUUGGAAUGUACUACACUGAGUUCGAUAUGGGCAAUAACCGCAUCGGUUUUGCACCAGUUGCCUAAAUUCGUGUCUUUGGGGAGGAUAUGAAAAUAUCAAAGCAUUGUUAGAACUGGUGUCUAAGUUUUAUAAAAGUAAGUUCUAUGUAAAUAUUAAUAGGAAUUGACUAAGAAAUAGAGAGUCGAGUAUACAGCACAAAUUGCAAUAGAAUGCAGA